AUGAGGAGGGGUCGGUGCGCAGGAAACGUCCUCGCAAAUCCGGGGAUGCUCCUCCUCCUCACGAGAAGGGGAGGAGGCGGGACGAUGACGAGGACGAUAAAGGAGGCGCGUCCUCCGCGCUUCCAGCAGCUCGAGAAGGAGAAGGAGAGGGAGGAUGAUAACGAGGGGGACGACGAGGAGGAUGGGGAGGAGGAUAACAAGGAGGGCCCCGCCAUUGCCCCUGCCCUUGUGUGGGCCGUGGUUGUUGGUCGUAACACAUACCCGACGGCCAAAUACUUUGUACCGUCCUGGUAA